AUUCUCUUUAGCUCAUUUAGAAUAGCAUUUCUUUAUAUUUUUCUAGCUAUGUUUAGCCUCCAAAUGAGGAGCUAAACUUCCAUUCUUGGUGUUGCUCUUGAAGCUUGUUGAUUAUUAAAGUUCGAUAAUGAGGUGUUGAAAAGAAUCAAGCAUAUAGUUGGCGGGCAUUUCAAGGGAAAUUGGGCGACUUAUGGGAAUGUUCCGGCGGCCACCCGUGAACUUUGGUGGCAGUUGUUCAAGUCCCAACAUUGAUGGAGUUCAUCGCUAGAUGAGGCUAUUCUCAAAGCAUAUAAUUCAUGAAUCUCGACGUGGAUGAGACCCACUUUUAGGAUCGCCCGAAAUAGUGGUAAAAAGCCGGGAUUCCUUUCUGAUGAUGUUUGGGAGAACCUUUGUCGACAUUGGGCUUUGGAUCAUGAAUAUUUGAAGAGAAGCCAAACCGGUAAGGUAAACCGAAACUCCGACAAAGCCAAGGAGAUACAAUAUAAUGGCACGGGGGCCGCAAACCCCAGGAUCAACAUAAAAAAGACCUGGAAGGGUCGGGACCCGAGAAAAAGAAGGUCACACCAUUGGCCCUGAUCAAACAUUGUUGGACGAAGGGUGAUGAGUCGCUGCCACCUCACCUCUCCGAAAUUGAAAAGAAGUAUGAGAAAGAGUUGGAGAAGAGACGGGCCGAGCGAAGUGGCUCAGAUAUAUGACGAACUCGAUGAGAGUCAAGAUGAUGAUGCCAUCUUGGCGGCUGCCAGAGUUUACAAGGGCCGGGUUCUGUUUAUGGGUGCUGAAGGUGUACGGAUUUUGCACAACUCCGGAGGAGCUAGCUCAUCUUCCCGACCGGCGGAUGAUGAAUGGGUUGCCCGUCUGAAGAAAGAAUUGGUGGAACGACGGGAAGAGAACCGGAGAACAAGAGAAAGUCUGGAAGAGAUGGAACGCCAAAUGGAUCGUUUCAACGCCACCUAUCGGCCUCCCACACACAUAAUGCACCCUGAGACGAUCGACCCCUCAAAUUCCCUUCAUGGGAGGUAUGGGCGGUAUGGGUGACGCUAUGGGUUUCCCCAGUUAUAACACUUUGUCCAGGUCUUUUCCGUAUGGAUUUUAUGAUCAACCAUUUCAGACUCCCGGAGGUCAAGCCAGCCGAGGAAGCAGCCAUGGCGGUGGGCAACCCGAACAGCCCGAAGAGCCCGAAGCGCCCUAAGCACCCGAUGAUAAUGAUAAUGUACUAAUUGAUUUUGAUGACUAUACAAACUUGUAAUAAUUAGUUUAUUUUAAAUUUGAUUUUUUAUUAAAUUAUUGUGAUUGCAUGUAUGAG